UCGUAUAAGUUUAUCCAAGUUUUCUCCCGAAGUCAUGGAUCUUCGUUUCCCAGAGUUCAAUUCGAAAGACGCAAUCCAAACCUGGAUAACAAGCUUGGAGGCAUACAUUAAUGAACCAGCAUUAAACAAAUGUGUUCGACAAAUAUCUUAUUUAGCAACCACAAUAACAGAAGACAAUAAAGUUGCUUGGUUACUAAAGGCAAUAAGUUUCCUUGAUUUAACUACUUUGAAUAACGACGAUACAAGUAGCACUAUACAACAAUUGUGUGAAAAUGCUGCAAACCCUAUAAAGGAGCUUCCGUUUCAAUGGAAUAAACCACUUCAUACUGCUGCCGUUUGUGUUUAUCCAUCCAAAAUAAAAGAUGCGAUAACUACCUUAAAGAGAUUGAAGAAAACGAAUGUAAUUAAGGUCGCUAGUGUGGCAGCAGGAUUUCCUUCUGGACUAUUUCCAUUGGAGACUCGAUUGCAGGAAGUGCGCUGCGCAAUAGAAUAUGGAGCACAGGAAAUAGAUGUUGUGAUCGAUCGAUCGUUAGUUUUAAAUCAUCAAUGGAUGAUGCUGUUUCAAGAAUUGUUAUGUAUUCGUGCACUUUGUCCUAAGAAUGAGGAAAGGACAGUAUGUUUAAAAGUUAUAAUAUCAUCAGGAGAAUUGUUCAAUUUGAGAGAUGUAUAUAAGGCAUCCAUGGUAGCUCUAUUUGCUGGUGCUGAUUUCAUCAAGACAUCUACAGGGAAAGAUGCAAUUAAUGCGACUUUGCAAGCGGGAAUUGUUAUGUGUAGAGCGAUAAAAGAGUUUGAAAGAGUGGCUGGAAUAAAGACUGGCUUUAAACCUGCCGGAGGAAUUAAAACUGCGCAAGACGCUUUAGAAUGGAUGGUCUGUAUUAAGGAAGAAUUAGGGAAUGAUUGGUUGACAAGCGAUCGUUUCAGAAUCGGUGCAUCAAGUUUAUUGCAAAAUAUUAGUACUGAAAUUAUCCAAACAUAUAAAAACAAGCCAAUUCAACGACCACUGGAAGAUCUUGAAAACCAGAUAUAUGAAAGAGAAAAUAAAGCUGAUGUAGAUAAUAAAGAUAAAAAAGAUGAAGGAGAUAAUAAAGAUGAAGGAGAAAAUAAAGAGACUUAAUUAAUUGAAUUUAGAUAAGACUGAUAAAAUAUUUUUAUAUUCGUUUUUAUAUUCGUAAU